CAAAAAAAUCGAUGCCUCCUAUCGUCAUAGAUGGCAAAACUACUGACCAGCACUCACUCAUCAGAGACCUCAAAAUACAGGUAAAGGGCGACGUUAGUGUGAAACACACAAAUGCUACCACCAUAAUUUUCGUAGAAGAAAGAGAGGAUCAUGCUAGAGUAAUAAAUAACAUAAAAAAUGACAACAUAUCCUACCACACAUUCACAUCAAACGAGGAAAAAUCUCAUGCAUUUGUGCUACGGGGAUUGGCAGAAAGUACGAAAAUUCCACACAUCGAAGAAGACUUGGAGGAGGAGCAUGAGAUUAAACCAAGGUCAAUCUUCCAUAUGAAAACCAGAGACAGGCCCCUGUUUCUGGUAGUUACUGACACUGCCAUAACGUUGGACUACUUGAAUAAGAAUGUCAGGAGAGUAUUACAUACAAUUUAAGGGUAGUCUGGGAGCUACGUAAAUCGACAAAGGCUAUAAUACAGUGUCAUAACUGCCAGCAAUGGGGGCAUGUCACUUCUAAUUGCGGCAGACCUUCUAAGUGUGUGAAGUGCGCGGGUGAUCACCACACAAAAACAUGCCUGAAAACGUGAGACACGCCGGCCAUUUGUGUAAAUUGCGGGGGUGAUCACCCCGCAAACUAUUCAAAAUGUACAGCAUACAUCACCAAACUAGAAAGAUUAGAAGAGCGACGACCUAAGCCUAAGCAGAAAUUUGUCACCGCCCCAAAACCGGUGGUCAACCAAUGGGAGGCCAGAAUGCGAAGAAGCGCUAACACAGAAUUUCCGGCCCAGCCCUCUAGAAAUUAGGGAAGGGUAAAACAGUGACUUUUUAAUAACAGGUACAGUCUGCUUCAGUUCCAUAAAAUACCUGUUUCAAAAAACCUGUUCCAGUUCCACGUUGUUCCAACAAUUUAAACCGUUGUUUGUUGUUUCGCGUCUGUUGCGACUUGCAAGCGCGAAGUCUCACACAUACAGAAACACCGAAACCACGAUACCGAAACUAUAAC